AUGGUGGAGAGCCAUGGGAGGGUCCCUCUGGUGAAUGUGCGGAUCCUCUACGCACUUGGGAUUACAACACUGUUCCCUAAAUUGAAGGACCCGGAUUCCAAGAAUGGCUAUGAACAUUUCUAUGAUCACCAGAGUGGUUCCGGCUACCUAGCGUGGAGGCUGAAAACUGUUCAGCGGAACUCUGCUCAAGACAGCAAGAAAUCCAGGACCACUUUCCAGGAGGGCCCCAAGACUCCACGCAGUAUCCGUUCAGAUGAGAAGCAGUUGACCGGUGAUGAAUGCAGGGAAGCCAUAUCGGUGAUGAAACACUCAAGUGAUACGACCCUUGUCAAAAAUAAGAUGAAGGCAACAUUCCAGUACAGGCAAAAGAUGGUUCAAGACCCGGAUACUGCCUCUACUGUCCUGGAUCUCUUUCCCAGAUUCUUGGAUACACCUGGCUUGAUCGACCAAGACUUCACAAUGAUCUUUGGUGAGGAGGUGUCUGGUAAAUUCCUCUCCAAGUGGCCAACAUUUUUCAAACCAAGAGUCAUCGCAGAUUGCUGCAAGAAUCUAACCCCGAGUCCGCAUGUGGAUGAGCUACUUCUGUCUGCAAAACAGGAGUCUGAUGAUGGUGUGUGGCAUUCUGAAGAGUGGGACUCUGAGAUGGCCGCCAUCCUUCUGCUGCUUCACCUCUUGCCUCCAACAGUUAAAGGCAAGAAGGCCAGCAAGAUGAGAGCAUCGGAGGCUGCUAGACGCCUGAUCAAGUUCAUGAAGGUGGGGUCAAGCAUGGAGACCUUCCUUAAAGAAACUGGCCCCAAACAGCCCUUUCUUGUUGGUGUCGGAGAAAGAAGCAACAGCAUCCAGGAUUUUUACAUCAUCCUGGACCAGAAGGCCAUUCCCUGCAGGAUGCAGACCCCAGUUGCUGCCUUUGAUGAGCUCUUCAAGGCGCAUUAUGCUUUUGCCGUGUCGUAUGAUGAUGCGCUGUCCAGCUUCUUCAUCUUCAUCCAAACCACCGUGUAUGGCAUCGACGUCGGCAAAGUGAAAGAGAGUCCUCGGGUAAAAGAAAUCAGAGCGAGGCUUCUUCACUGUGAAGUUUGAAGACCGAUACAUUUUGACCAGAAAUGUACACGUUACAUUUGCAAGGUACACCACACCAGUUGUUCAAUGUUAUUUAGACAUUUGAAGUUUGAGCAUGGAUUGUAUCCCGGAAGGUCUCUGCGCUUGAACUGUGGAGAGCCUGGUUGUUCAUUUGUUUUUUGUACAUAUUCUGGUUACCAACGUCACCUAUCUCGAGCACAUAAAGACUGUCUUGAUCCAGAUCCCGUCAGCAGUUUUGAAUUUGACCCUGUGUAAAUGACCUGGUGUAUUACAGACCUUGUGAUAGGCAGUUUUCAUAUGACACCGAUGACCAAGUGUACCUUGUUCCAUACUGUAAUUAUAUGUGAAUCCAUGCAGACUGUUAAUUGUUAAUGUGGUGUGGUGGCCAUUUAAUA